CAAAUGUACCUUAAUACCUUUUUUUGUGGAUCAAUUUAGAAUUAGUUGGUAAGCAAGUUAUGAUCGGUGUAAUUACGAACUAAUUCAGGAUGUUGAUUUACCGUGAACGAAAACGAUGUGAUCCGUGAGCACGGAACCGUAAUUGAAAAUUCAGAACUGAGCGACUUGCGACCACAAUUUUGAAACUAGCUUACCCUACACUGACUAGGAACCAAAACUGUAUUAUUGUCAUUCUUUCAAUUUGUCAACAGUUUUUUGAUAAAAAUGGAUAAAAAUUUAGAACAUGUCCUGGAGGAGUUAAUAAAUACUCCUGGAGUUUAUGGAUGCGUUUUAGCCGAUGAACAUGGACUUUGUUUAGGGAACAAGGGUGAAACUUCAACUACCACGGCAGGUAUUAUUGGUGCAAUUGCAGAAGAAUCUUUGAAACUAGAACCAAAUAGCAAACCUCCUAUCAUACAUUUCGAAAAUGACAAUCGCUCCUGUACAAUACAAAGAAUUGGGACGAUAACUGGAGCUAUUUUCAAGAACUUACAAAAUUAAUUAUAAAUUAUUAAACUUCCUACUAAUAUCAUUGAUAUUACUGUAUACACCUUAUAUUUAAAAAAUUAAGUACAAAUUAGGCAACAAAAGUAUAUUACUUUAUAAAAAUAUCAACAUUUUUAUUUAAAAUUACUAAUCUUGUUUAACAAAUGAACUUUUCCUGC